AUGGGUGAAGGAGCUGUUUUUGAUUUGACAAGGGUUAACAUGUCUGACGUUGCUCACGAUUCAGAUAUUGCUUGUUAUUCUCAUAAUCAAGUGAUAGUUCCUAUUCUUGCCGACGUAACGCUCCAGAGCAUCGCUGCAUUACCUUUUGCAAAGAAAUCGGCUUUCUUUGAUUUGCAUGUGGAUGUAAUUUCAGCUGGCGCAUCUAAUUCUUCUAGGCGUAUGGAAGUUGACAUUAGGGAAACAAACUCCGGGUCAUAUAUUGAUUUCGACUUCAAUGGUGUUACAAAGAGAUUCAAUAGACUUUUUAUUUGCUUUGGAGCUUGUAGAGAGGGCUAUAAACUUUAUCGUCCGAUGAUUUUCUGUGAUUGUACAUUUCUUACUGGGACUUUUAGAGGAGGUCUCAUGGAGGCAACAUGUCUUAACGACAAUCAAGUUUCAGGUUUUUAUCCUCUCGCAUAUGCAUUAGUUUCUGGUGAAACUAAUGACAAUUGGGAGUGGUUUUUCAAGAAUCUGAAGGAUGCUUUGGAUGAUGAUCGCCUAAUCACUUUUAUGACUGGCCGAGGUGAAGGCUAUUGCUACUUCCACUUGGACAAAAGCUUACCUAUCACAAAGUUUGACGAAAAGUAUAAAGAAGUGACUGAUGCUUUCCGAAAGGCAACAUAUGCGCUUUCUCCUGCAAGAUACGAGGAAGCUCUUCAAGAAAUGGUAAAUUUGGGAAGGCCUUGGGUUACUGACUACUGUCGCAACAUUCCAAGGGAAAAGUGGUCCAGUGCGUUCUUCAAGGGCUGUAGGUAUGGUCAGACUUCUUCAAGCGUUGCCGAAUCAUUCAAUAAUUGGAUUAACCGCGAGAAAAAGUUACCCGCGUGUGCGUUCGUUGACAAGAUCAGGCUACAUAUUAUGGAGUUGAUGUCAGAACGUCGCGAAGAGAGUGUCUUGAUGAACCCAGAACUGCUAACCAAUGUGUAUCAAGCCUUGCUUGAACUACACAUUCAAAUUGGCCAUCCCUGGAAAAUAUUCGCUAUUACUAGAUCUGGAGGAAGGAUACUUGAUUACGUCGAAGAUUACUUCAAAGUUACCUGUUAUCGUGAGCUAUAUUCAAUAGCUAUUAGACCUGUUCCUAACCACGACAAGCCUGAUGAGUAUCACGUAGACGAUACCGUUCUCCCACCAGCUGUAAUUAGGGCUCCACCAGGCAGGAAAAAGGGAAAGCGUAUUAAAAGUACAUGGGAGAAUAGUAGAAAAUCUGUUAAGUGUUCAAACUGUAUGUGUUUCAAUCAGCUUGGACGUGCAUCAGAAGGUGAUACCGAUGACAUUGCCGUUCUUUCCACCAGUUAUUAUUUGAAAAGCUCACCACCAGCUAUCAACAUGUAG